AUGGUUGAAGAAAUGAUGAUCCUGACCAAUACCGCUGUGGCCAAAUACCUUCUUACCGAAAAACCAGGGCUCUCGCCGUUGAGAAUCCAGCUUCCGCCAAAAAGACGUAAGUUGGAAGAAUGGCGUGAGAAUUUUGGGGAGUUUGCCACGUUUUCGCUUUCCCUUAGUAAACAUUUGGCUUCUACUCAAGAUGUUGAUUCCACGCAAUCAUUUGUCAUGCCAAAGUCUACGUGGAGCGACAUUUGUAAUAAGCGGCGCCGUCGCAAUAAAAGAGAUCUGAAACUUCUACUUUGUAACGAUAAUGUCUACCCUCAACUUGCAGUCGCCCAUUCCUUUCUUAAUGAUGUAACAAGUAAAGCUGACGAUGUAAGAGCGGCUGAAGUGGAAGAGGAGCACCGGGUACACUGGUCUUUAAAUGUUCGUGGGUACACUCGCUUCACCUCCCCUAUUCGUCGCUACCUUGACAUUUUGGCCCAUCGUUUAUUGCUAAAUGACCCUGCGAGUCAAGACCCGGCGGUAGACGAAGUUGCCCAAGUUGUUCGCCGAUGUGGAUAUUUGUCUGACAGAUCGACGGCUUUUGAGAAAGAUUGCGGCCGGGUGCAAGUGGCGGAAAAACUCAAGAUUGCAACUUGUGAGUUUACCGCUGUCGUUGAAAUGAUUGGAGAGGAUUUCCUUAGCUUGCAUCUUAUGUCAGAAGUACAUCAGUAUCUCUCUCCAAAACAAAGGAAGAUUAAAAUAAGUCACCUUGGACCAGUUGAGCAACCGCAGCUAGGCGAGUCUUUUCAAACUGUAGGGCUGAAGUGGAAGCUUAGAAUGUACGAUGCUUCUACAGAGAAUGUUGAACGGUCAAAACGGCUCUCAAGUAACGCUCAAGAUCGCAAUCUCCGACAAAACUGGGAGAAGAUUUUGUCUUUGCUUUGUGAACUGUCAACGUGUAAGUCAUAUAACAUUCCUGGAGGUCUCUGGCACCGCGUUUUGCAUGCUAUUAAAAAAGACGAUGAUACAGGACUGAACGCAAGUUUAGAAGAGAUAGACACAUUAAUAACAAGCAUUGAGAAAAAAAGAAUCACGGAAAACACAUGCUGUGAAGAGGUAGAUGGUGGAGACUAUGAAUACGACAUGGAUAGCGAUAAUGACGAUGCCAUCCAUGAUGAUGAUGGUGAUGAUGAAGAGGAAGAGAAUGAUGAUGAUGAUGAUGAUGAUGAUGAUGAUGAUGAUGAUGAUGGCCAUGGUGAUUGUGAUGGUGAUACAGAUGAAGAGAAUGAUUUUGAUAAAGAAUAUGAAAAAAGCGAUGACGAUAACGAGGAUUCUGACAAUAAGUUGGAGUAUGAAGAACAAAACAAGAAGAAGGAUAAGACAACAAAGGAUAAUCAGGAAAGGGGUGAAAGAAAAACGUUGGCCGCGUCGUCAAAUAAUGAGAUCGAGAACGUGCACUUCGUAGAGACAUCCUUGGUCCUUCAAGUUGGUGACAGUGUCAGCAUACAACUUUCAGCAAGCAACGCUGAUGCAUUUAUCUCACCAGAAGUGCAGUGUUUUAACUUAUCACCCGAUAUCAACAUCUGCCUCGAGCACAGAAAGCUAGCCGAUAAAUGUUUCGUAACUGCUGCAUCAGGCAAAGAUUCUCAGCAAUGUUAUAAAUCCAUUAACGCCUAUGUUUAUGAUUGGAGGCCAGUAGUUGCUAUGGAAGCCGCGACAGUUGCCGUAAAGAAUGACGAUACGUUCACUCUCCAGAACCUUGAAGUGAAAUGGAGGGAGGAUGAAAGUGGUAAAUUUGUCGGAGAGUUUCGACUUGAAGAGAAGUACUGUAAAACAAGACAAAUCGAGAUUUUCACGGGAGAUUAUGCUUGCGUAAGGUUUGCUUGCCCAAAGUCAUGCUCAAGAGCCUUGCAUAGCCCAUCCCGUUUUAGCGAAAACGAGUUAAGUACGUCCUCUGAAUACCGCGGAGAAUGUGGAAAAAAUGACGACGUUGGGGACGAAAUAGAAAGGAACCAAGCAUCGAGAAAGACCUGCUGGGUUGGUCACUGCAACAUUAUUGUAUCUGGCAGCCAACAGAUGAACUUCGCCCUUAAGCUCUUUCAGCAUUCAAUGGAAUUUCCGGAUCUUUUAGAAAACAGAAACAGCUGGAUUUGUACCGUGGAGAUAAUAAAACAGACUAUUCCUUUCAGGUUAUUAUUACUAGCCUGCAACCAAUAGGGUUCUUUUGUUCAGGUAGUUAUUUUCAGGCGUUUAAUGCAUCUCCAAACGUCCAGACUUUUACUAUAACGAUUCUUUAUUUACUGUAUGUAAUUUACAGUACCAUGUCGUACAUAAAGCGCUGCCCGUUUAGCAAAUUUGUCGAGAGCGCUGAACUGCUGAUCUUCCCUGACCGGAACUUUGCCAGCGUCCAUAAGAAACUGGCGAAAUCAUGAUGGGUGUAACUAGGACCUUACCUCAGAGUAGAUGAAAACGUCAUUUUGCGUUAAGACGUUGGUACUUCUAUGCCUAUUUUGAAGAAGAAGAGGGAAUGUAGAACCCUCUUUUAUGUGAUUUAUCUGAAUUCGGCCGUCCAAGCUGACAAAGUAAGGACAGAACUGGAAUGGAGCGGGAGUAAAGUGGUCCUUCAAUACACUGAUGUCUGAUCAGACCUCUGGUUCCUCAGUCCACACCUCACCCACCCCAUCUGUAAGGGAAGAAAUGAGCUGUUUGUUUCGAUAACAUAUAAACAGUACCGUACAGUACUGCACAGAGUAAAAGCGCUAUUAUCUCUCUAUACUCUUUACGCGAAAUCCACAACUGGCAACAUUUACUUCAACGUCCUUGCUUUUAUUGGGCCAGAACAAACUCUCUUUAGCUCUGCUAAGACAUUUCUCUAUCCCGUAGUGACUGUCAUGGAUUUUCUCAUUUCGCAUAUUAUACGGAGUGUUAAGACGAUCAACAUUUAACAAACAGACAGUUGAAACUCGUCUUCCUGUGAUACAGACUCCAACUGACCAGCAUGGCUGAGGGUAUCUGAAAGGGGAAUUGGUCACCAGGUUGUUUCUUGACUUUAAAACCCUCCUGUUCGCGAAGUAUAGUUUGCUCAAUGCGCUGCGGUGCCAUAGACAACCAGAGUUUUUUGUUUACUUCUUACCAUAGCUGCAUAAAUGCAAUCUUGAGGUGUGCAGGUGCCAAAGACAAUAGUAUCAUAGUGAAAAAGUUAAACUCACAUUAAAGUGAGCCAUUACAAGUAACUAAAACUAGGUAUCCGAGAACCGACCAAGGAAACGUCGUUUUUCCCUGGCUUUAGAAGCAGUUUUAUGAAUGCUUGUCCACCUUAGGUGAUAUAUUAAGCAAUCAUUUCUUCUCAUGCUUUCUGUUGUGCUUCCAUCCACUACCAUUUCAAUAAUUUUUCCAAAUGCUCACGAAGUGGAUUGUACAUGCUAGGUAAAUUGGAGAUGAACUUAUGCAGGUCAUUUAGCAUAUAUAUUAAUCAUUGCGGCCUUGUGGAAAUGGCAUAUUCAAAAUGGCUUGAAUUCCGUCCGGGUUGGGGAUCUUAAACCAUCAGUCCCGAAAAAUAUUCCACAUUUUAACUUCCUGCCUGUGAAACAUGCGCUUUUGCUCAUUGAAUCUUAAAUCAUUCCCCACCCAAUACUCUGUUCAAAACCUGUGAACAAAGUAUUGAUCAUGAUCAAUGUGUGAUCACCAUCCUCUGUAUUCUUUCCUCGCAUUAGGAAAUCAUGAACAAUAACUUUGCAUUUCCCUGUGUCGUAAAAUAUCUCAAUCAUGGCUCUUUCAAAAGAUCCUUGGGCAGAUAUCAGACCAAAUGGCAACCUUUCAAAUUUAAACCGAGAAACGGCAUGUUAAACGUAGUAGUAAGCCAAGUACUCGGCCAAUUUGAUUUGGUAGAACACCAACUUAUCAAACUUUCGCUUCUGACUUCUGUGGCUUCCUCUCCCAUCGGUUUCGAGGGGCAAUGCUCUCUUUUAACCGCUUUAUUUAUAUCAACAGGAUAAAGGCAGAUACGAACAUCUCCCGAUGCGGCUUUCGGGCUAAAAAAAUUGGGUUGACCCACUUGAUGGGUUGCUCAGUUGUAGUGAUAGUGCCCAUCCUUUCCAUCCGACACAGUUUAUUCUUGACUUUGUCUCUUAACAUGAUUUCAUGGCUUGAAUACUUUGACCACCUUCUACUGUCAACCACGAAACCCUUUUCCUUACAAAUAAUUUUCUGGGGUGACGUUACAAUGAGCUCCAGUGUCAAGCCCGGAAGGGAUGUCGUUUUGUUGAACUUUCAAAUCUGUGAACCUCUUGUUCUCUAUGCAUUUUCUCUUAAAGCACUAAUAAAGAAUGCCUGUUCGUCUGUGGUACUUUCUUGGUCAACUGCAUGAACCUCCUUUCUUUCAGCCUAGUAUACACUUGUGAAAUGGUUUAGACCUGUGGCAAGCGUUACAAUUCUUUCGAUAUGCAAGACAACGGCCUUGUUUUUGACGGUAUAUACAGAAUUCAAUAGACGUGAAAUCCCGAGUUCAAAUUCUCGGCCACGCUUGUAAAAUGCUAAUUGGUUGCUUUCUAUUACUUAGGAUUUUAAAUCCUGAUAUGUUCUAUUUGAUCAAUGUUUCUAAGCAUUUGAGUGGAGUACCUGUAAACUGGCUUGAUAAGCUAAGUACACUGUUCAUCUUGAUACCUGCUUUGCUACCUUUCGCAUUUCCACUCUUAUCUUUCUGAAUACUUGAAGUUGUAAGCAAUCAUCUGCUUUUAACUUCUCAACAUUAUCCGUUCGGAAAGUGGGUCGUGAUAUAUUUGAAUAUAUUCUAUUUUCAAGAUGAUUGGUGCGGCCGCCGAACUCCAACUUUUUUCCAGCGCCAAAGUUUCACUGCUACAUUUGCAGCCGCCGUUUGCAAAUCGCUACGGAGGAAUGUAUGGCGUAAAGCUAUUUCUCCGUUAAGAAGAGAAAGAGAGAAAGAAUAACGCAUUUUUCGUAGUUUUGUGAGAAGCGGAGGUGCCUAGUGUGGUGCGUUGAGAUUGAAAGUUUCUGUGUGUGUAAUG